UUUGCGUGGCAUCAAUUUGUGUUUCAAGCGGCAUCAUGGCGGUCUUGAGCAGAAAUGUUCCUGUAUUUAAUGUUUACUCUUUUUAAAGUUAUGAAUUUUCAAGGUUUUUUUUUAAAUUUUUUUUUUGUUAAUUUAAGUAACUUUUAACUAUAAAAGGCAUUUCCAAAUGUUCUGUUUUUCACUUUGGAAAUGUGUGAUAUUUGUGCAGACGUUCUCGAACUGCUCCAAAGAUAUGAAAAUGAAGUUAAAAAAGGAGAAUUGCGAGUCCUAUCUAGACAGGAAAUGAACCAUUUCUGUACAUUUCUUCAGAAUUGGAUUCAAAGGCAAUGCACAUGUUGUUUCAAGGACCCUAAAAACUUUGAUAGAUUCAAUUCGGUAGUGCAAGGAUUUAUUUUGAACAUUAUUGAAAUACUGCAACAGAUUGUCAAAGAUGUUAAAUCUUUGAAAUAUUCAGAACCUCACCCCAAUGACGCAAUAUCUAGUGAACAUAAAAAGUCUGAUGGGAAAAAUAAUGAGAAAGACUCAAAAGAAAAAGUUAAACUUAGUUCCUUACAGGAAACGGAAAAAGAAUCAAAGAAAGCGUUAGUAAACAAAGACUCUACUACGAAAGAUGUGCUGAGUUUAGAAGAGAAAGAAAAAUAUAUUUGCAUUUUCUCUAAGGUUUUUCUCCUUAAUUUUCCUUUAUAUGUUGCUUUUAAACAUAGUAUGCAAUCAAAAUUGGAUGAAAUGGAAAUUCCUGUCUACUUGUUUCGAAAUGUGUGUUUCUUUAGUGAUAAAGGGGGUUUAAAGUUGCUUGUUGCUUCCUUUGAAGGUACUGAUCCAGAAAUUCUCCCUUUGAGCUUAGCACAUGCACUAUCAACCCUUGUUGCUAAUUUAAAGCUGUGGAUGAACAUAGGCACCAUAAUGCAACCUCUAAUGCUAGCUCGUUCAGGAGUGAUACGAUAUUUAUGUCAAAUCAAAGAUAGUCAUUUAAGAGCAGCUGGCAAACGUAAUUUAUUUGAAUUUAUGUGGGCUACAGUGAAGGAUCCUCUGGAUAACCAUACUUCUUUUGACAAGGAAGGCAUGGACCUUGCUUUCAAGUAUUUUAACUGCUGCACUUUGACCAUGAGACUUGCUGGGAUUGCUCAAAUUAAUAACCAUAUCAACAUGUUUAAUGAACUUUGUCAAAAUGAAAGCUUAAGUGAUGCUGAAAAUAUUGGAAGUUCUUUAGCUAACUGGCUUAUAGAAAAUAAAAUUAUUGAAUGUAUAUUUGGUCCAAAUCUUCAUGUUGAGUUACUAAAACAGAGCCACAUUAUUUUAAAUUUUCUGGCGAUGGAAGGACGCAUAACUAAUGAACACAUCGAUACAAUUUGGUGUGCUGCUCAGUUGAAACACUGUUCUCGGCAAGUUCUUGAUUUGUUACCUCCUCUCAUCAAAAAUUUGGAAGUUUCUCCUGUUCUCCAUUUAUACAAAUUACUGUGCAAUAUUGAAACAAAGGAACAAACAGAACAGACACUUCUUCUUGCUUCUGCUCUAAUCAAAUUUAUAUGGUUGCAUGGAAAUAGUUCAUCUUCUACGAUGGCAUCAGAAUUGAGAGAUCAUCAAAACCCCAAUAGUCCAUUCUCAGUACUUGUAAAGGGAUCAUUACAUAUGGGUGUAAAUAGUGGAGAUUUAACGAGGAAACGUGAGCCUAGUAGUAGUGAAAGGAGUGUAAGUAUCGAAGCAAGCAAUAGUGAAGAUGAACGUAGUGAUAUCAGACAUGUUCGUGUUGUUAAUGAGAUGAAUUCUCAAGUAAGUGAUCACCCUCGAAGCAGCAUUGAAGGCAGCGGAGGCAGUCCACCUAGUAGUCCUUGUGAUAUUGAGCAGUGCAAACAAUCUCCAAACAAGCCAUGCCACAGGCAUCAAAACGGCAGGAAGUGGCAUCCGGUGUGUCCCGGUCAUGUUCGACCACCCGUGUUCGUCGCGGGUGCUGUCGAGAACAGUUCGAGCGGCGAGGAGAGCGAGUUGAGCAGCGUCACUGACGACAGCUUGCACAGCGAUACGGACGCCGGGGAUUGCUCGGAGGAUCCCGCCGAGAUAAGUAGACCCCCGCUGAUGGAGAACUCUGAGGAUUCGGGCCGAGAGUGCAAUAAAUUGUGCAAUAUUUGGAGUCAAAAAAUAAUCAGGAGAAAAAGAGCCAGACUAGUGGCAAAUAAAAAGCAACGCAUCAUGAAUAAAAGAACGACAAAAGCCGAACUUUCAGAGGACGAAAGUGUGGAGAACCCUCAUAAGAACCCUGCUAUGAGGUGUGUUUCUCCCUCGAAGGAUAUCGAGGGAGAAAAUAAGACAUUUGUAAAUUCUAGGAAUCAUAAACUAAUAAAUUCUUUACCUGGAAAGAAAUCCAUUCACCGGCAGCAAGCACCGGAAAUUCUGCCGCAACUUGUUAAAGUUGCUUUGGAGAGGGAAGAAAAUGUUGCCGGGUUCAGUGACAAUAUCGAUAACGACAUGUACGAGUGUGGACAGUACCUUGCUACGCAACGCCAUGCUCCACCUUCGGGAGACUUUGUUGAGGACAUCUUAAGCCCAGACGAUGGGAGCUGCAACAGUUCGCACGUCAGUAACAAAUCUGAGAAGAAUCUUGCUGACUUUGAUGGAGAAGAAUCAGGCUGUGAAGAUGAACUAGCGCAGCUUGCUCAAGUUCAACUUCAUCCGAUGGCUCAGAGACUUAAUAACAUGGCCUGCAUGUACUCUCCCCAGAUUCAUGGUGGGAAACAUUUUUUAGGUCAUUCUGCAAGAGACAACUUGGGGAAUCAUUUCCAACUGGAGUCUGUGUGUGAAUCAGGCCAAACACUUUUAUGGGACAUUUUGCAAGAUGACAAAAUUGGUCAGCUGAGUGAGGGUCUUGCAGUUGAAGCAGAAAAAAUUUUAUGCAAUCUCGUUUGUUGGUGUACUGACAAAAUGAUAAGAAUGAAAUUCAUAGAAGGCUGCCUACAAAAUAUAGCAAAUAAUAGAUCAGUCAUCAUGUCUAUGCGUUUAUUACCUAAGCUGUUCUCAUCCAUCCAGCAAUUCAGAGGAAGCAGUGAUACUCAUUCAGUGACAUUGUAUUCUCACAAGGAUGCAAUUCAGGUUCGCUUGCAUUUUCUUACAAAUGUGUUCUCUACAACUGGUUCUCCUGAAAUAUUUCAAUUAAAUCAUGAACAAGUUGAUAUAUUAUGGCAGUGUUUAGCCCAAGAUACAGAGUGUGCAGAUGAACUUUUUGGUUGGCUUCUCAAUCAGGCAAAAGGAAAAGAUCAAUAUGCUAUGAAUAUUUCUUUGUUUAAGCAUGUUCUCCUUGAAAAGAUGCCUCAGUUGCCACCUGAAUCUACUAGCAUGAUGGCUUUAAAUCUUUUGCAACAACUUAGUAGUCUUGCACAUUUAGCAACCGCUUCCUAUGACACUCCAUCUUCUGCUGCUGAUGUGAACGGAAUGCAACAGCUGUGGGGAAUUGCUCUCCGUGCAUUGAAUACUGAUGUGAGUAUGGCAGCCAUCCAAUAUCUGAAUAACUAUUACAUUAAUGUUCAUCAUGGGACGCUUGAAAGAGAGGAAGAAUUCAUUCAACAUUGUAUGGAUAAUCUAAUGAAAGCAUCUGAGCAAACUAAAGAAGCUGAAGAUAGUAAUUUAAUGAUUAUUCAGAGAGCUUUACUGUUGCUAAAAACUCAUAUUGAGGCGUUCCGACGAAGGUAUGCAUAUCAUUUAAGAAAGUGGCAGCUUAAUGGUCGUGGUAUGAAUAGUCAUAGAUCAAGUAUUCUUGAAAAACAAGCAUCAGUUCUUAGAAUAAUUUGUCAACCAGCAGGAUUAUCUGAAAAGACUACAAUUGAAGUUCAAAGCUGUGAUACUGUGGCUGAUUUAAGAGCUGAAGUUACACAAUGGUGGGAGCAUUUGCAAGCAAAAAUUAAGAAGCAAUCUGUUUCGGAGACCAAGGAUAGUGCUUCUCGAAUGAAUACUGGUGGAAAUAUAUGCCACGCUUUUGGCACCAUGCUGUCAGAUGGACCCAUAAGAAUGAUAUCACAAGGUCAGGAACUGACCAGUGAUUUAGAUGAAAAAACAUUAGCAGAACUUGGGAUGAAGGAUCAUCAAUUAGUUUUUGUCUCUGUGGGAGCUCUCAGGCAGUCUCGAAGACGAGAGGGUCUCGAACCGGCAUCCACUUUACCUCCUCCUCCUAGAGAUAGACUUCCUGUUAUAAUUUUACUGAAACCCACAUACUUUGAGCAGCUGUUUGGACUUAUGCAACAUCUAUGUUCAUUCACUUCAUAUUCAGAAUCUGGGGCAACAUUACCACAUACUAAAGCACAAGUUCUUUCACGUCGAGUUUGGGAGAUUUUAAUGAUGCUACCUACAUCUCCUACAAUGCUUCAAGGAUUUAGGAAACUCAAUAAGGUGUCUGAUCCGAGUGACUCAGAAGCCAAGGCGUACUUAGAAUCAUUGAUUAAUCCAAAGAGCCCUCAAAAAUUAAUGUAUUGCUUACAAAUUGUAGACUCGCUCAGACAUUCUAAGGGAAUGAAUUUGGAAAGUGUCUCACCCAAAGAAAAAUUGGUUGAAAAAGAAACCACACCUUGGAAUUUAAAAUUUGUGAAAUGUGGUGGACUGAAUCAUCUCUUUCAAAUUUUCAUGUCUGGAGUUCUUCAAGCUUCUGAUGAGGGAUAUUGGAGUGAAUGGAAACAAGACUGCAUGACCUGCUUAUUACGUCUUAUCUAUCAAUUUGGUGUGGAAACUCUUGAAGAAGAUGCUCUCAAUGGUGAAUCCGAUUUACCCAAAAAGAGAUUUAAGAGGACAAGGAAAACCAGCAAUGACAAACUUUUAAUCCCAAAACUGAAUCAGGUGAUGCUUCAUGUGAUGAGUGAGACAGAGAACGUCCUGAAUACUAUUUUAUCUCUAUUCCUUGAAGCGGCCUCUCCAACUGAUCCCAAUCAAUACAAAACUGGCUUCUGGGGACGUUCACAGAUAGUGUCCUGUGCCAUGACUCUGCUUGUCUCUUGGGCCUUCUCGCAGCCUAAAGUUCACACUCACUUCUUUCGAUAUCCAUUGCUCGAAACUCUACUCAAGAGAUUAGUUUUAGAUGAUCCAGAGCCGGCAUUGAGAAGAGAAGCAUGUACUGGAUUGUAUCGUUUAUGCCUUGGAUCAAACGUGGAUGGUCAUACUGGGACUCAUUUUGUAGCUCCUCUUUUGAAGAAAUUACUUAGUUUUCUCUCUGUUGCUCAAAAUAUGAAACAGCCUCAUUCUGAUGAAGAAGACAAAGAGCCAUAUGGGCCUGGAUGCAAAGAUUAUUUCUGGUUGAUUUGCCGUCUUGUUGACAGCCUUGAUGAGGAGUAUUUUUUACGCAAUUCUAAUGAGAAGUCAUUAGAUAUUGAGAACUUAGCUACUUAUUUGGGUGAAUCUAUCACGAAUCGCGACUGCAGAGAAGCCAGACACAGCACUGUGGAGGACGAUGGUCUGAAAGGAUUAAUCAACCUGAUGACCGUCAUCAUGAAGCAUAAUCCAUCGUUCAAAUGCUCUCCUCAGGGAAAAAAACUGGUUUUACACCUGUAUGAUGCUUUAUUUGCGCUUCCAAGUCCUAAACAAAGGCAUUUACCCAAAUGCAAAUCUCAGUCAGUUCGUUCCUCUGCGUACGAUCUCAUCGUUGAAAUGUUGAAAGGUUCUCUUGAAAAUUUCAACAUUCUACAGGAGAAGCUAAUGAAGCAGCAUACUCCAGAGUCUCAUAAUCCAUAUCCCUGGGAUUAUUGGCCUCACGAUGAUGGCCGUGCUGAUUGUGGCUAUGUUGGUCUGACCAAUUUAGGUGCAACUUGCUACUUAGCCUCUUGUAUUCAGCAUUUGUAUAUGUUGCCUGAAGCAAGAGCAUCCAUUGUCUCUGCAAAAAUAGAUGAAAAUUGCAAGCAUGAAAAUACCCUAAGAGAAUUGCAAAAAAUGUUUGCAUAUUUACUUGAAAGUGAAAGAAAGGCAUAUAAUCCCAGAAGCUUCUGCAAAGUUUACACUAUGGAUCAUCAGGUUCUAAAUACUGGAGAACAAAAAGACAUGGCUGAGUUUUUCACUAAUCUAAUUAGUAAGCUGGAGGAAAUGACACCAGAACUUAAAGAGCUUGUGAAGACACUAUUUUGUGGUAUUAUAUCAAAUAAUGUUGUUUCUUUAGACUGCCCACACAUUAGUAGAACAUUAGAAGAAUUUUAUACUUUACGCUGUCAAGUUGCUGAUAUGCGGAACUUACUGGACUCGAUCGAUGAAAUAACGGUCAAGGAUACGUUGGAAGGAGAUAAUAUGUACACUUGUUCUCAAUGUGGUAAAAAAGUGCGAGCUGAAAAAAGGGCUUGCCUAAAGAAACUGCCUAAAAUAUUGUGCUUCAACAUGAUGCGGUAUACUUUUAGUUUUGUGACAAACUCAAAAGAAAAAGUCAACACCCACUUCUCUUUUCCAUUCCAACUCGAUAUGUCAAACUACAUGGAGAAAAACCUCAUCCCAAAACAGCAUAUUGAUAAUGGAGACAAUGCCGGGUUGGAGGAAGAAGAUGAAUGCUUUGAAUAUGAGCUUAUUGGUGUGACUGUUCAUACGGGAAACGCUGAAGGUGGUCACUACUACUGCUUCAUAAGGGAAAGAAAUUCCCCUGGGAAAGAUAAAUGGUAUUUUUUUAAUGAUUCUGAAGUAAAAAACUUUGACCCUGUACAUAUUGCAGCAGAAUGCUUUGGUGGUGAAGUCACUAGUAAGACGUAUGAUUCUGUAACUGAUAAAUUUAUGGAUUUCUCUUUCGAAAAAACAAAUAGUGCUUAUAUGCUUUUUUAUGAGCGAAUCAUUCCAAAUGCAGACAAUUACAAACCCAAAUUUCAUAAUUCUGAAGAUAAUCCAAAUCAUCUCCCUCAAAUUGAACUUUCUCCAGAACUUGCUGAGUGGAUUUGGCAAGACAACAUGCAAUUCCUUCAAGACAAAAGCCUCUUUGAGCACACAUACUUUGACUUCAUGUGGCAAAUAUGCAGUUAUAUUCCUCAAACCUUAGCGGGUCACAAUGACAUCAUACUGUUGUCUGCCAAACUCGGCACAUCUUUCGUACUGGAAACUCUCAUUCAUGCAAAGGAAAAGCCCACCAUCUCUCAGUGGAUUGAACUCCUUACUAAACAGUUCAGUGCUAGCCAACCUGCAUGUGAGUGGUUCUUGGAUCACAUGGCUGAAAACAGCUGGUGGCCUGUGCAGAUAUUAAUAAAAUGCCCCAAUCAAGUUGUUCGUCAGUUGUUUCAACGACUUUGCAUCCAUGUUAUCAAUCAGUUGAAACCUGUCCACUGUACUAUGUACCUUCAACCGUAUUCAGAUAGUGAGGAGUCUUCUGAUGGCGAUAAUUCACAAAUUGGGCAAUAUUCCUGUGUCACUAAGUUCAUAAAAAAGCUGGUAUCUUUGGUUGAGCAUGGUGCCAAGCAGCACUUGAAACACCUGACGGAAUAUUUCGCUUUUUUGCUUGAAUUUGCUAAAAUGGGAGAGGAAGAGUGUAGUUUUUUACUAUCAAUUGAAGCCAUAUCUUCUAUAGUUAGCUUCUACCUUGGACAAAAAUCAUCAGAUUAUGUUGAGGUUCUUUCUGAUGAGGAGGAAGAAGAAGAUGAUGAUAUUGUAACUGCUGUUGAUGACAAGUAUAAAUCUGCAUCCUUAGAAAAAAUGAUAUCUUUAAUAGCUCUUCUGGUAGAAAAAUCUAGAGAUGAAGAACGUCUUCAGCUGUCAACUAAUGACUUCAAUGCAGUAGCUGGUGGAAAAAGUUUUCCAUUUUUGUAUCAGCAAAUACGAGAUGGAAUCAAUAUAAGGCAAACGUGCAAUCUGAUAUUUAGCUUAUGUCGCUGGAAUGAUGCUCUAGCUGUGAUGAUCAUUAAUAUGAUAUUUGCAUCCAUUACUAAGCAACAAGAGCAGAAUGCAUCAUUUUUCAAGCUUCUGACACUAAUGGUGGAAUUUGUUGGAGGUCCACCUGGCAUGCCGCCUUUCACAAAUCUCAUUCUUCAAAGAAUUUGGGAAACUGCUGAAUAUUGUCCACAACAGUGCAUGGAGUGGUUAACUAUGCAAGUUCCUAAAAAUAAAAUUGCUCACCAAUGGGUGCUACAAAGUAUGGACAAUUGGGUGGAACGAUUUCUUAUUGCCCAUAAUGUACAAAGGGUUAGAAAUGUUGUUGCUCUUCUGCUAAUAUCUCUAGUUCCUAGUAAUCAGUUCAGGCAAACUUAUCGUGCAGCUAGGAGUGUCAUGAUGCCUCAUAAAGAUAUCCUUAUGAGCAAUGAUGCAAUUGAAGUUAUGCACAAAAUUUAUGAUCUGCUCUUAAAACUCCUUAAAAAGGCCAAAAUGUAUGUUGAUCCUGCUAUCCAUGGUACGACAAAGCUGACGUCAUACUUUGCUGUCAUGACUUAUUGCCUUCUUUCUAAAAAUGAAAAGUUGAUGUUCAGCCCUUAUUUUAUUGAUUUAUGGAAUUUGUUUCAACCCAAACUGUCUGAACCAGCCAUUCCUAUACACAUGAACAAACAGGCAUUGCUUCUGUUUUGGUAUCAUGUUUGCAUUGACUGUCCUGAAAACGUGAAGCUCAUCAUUCAAAAUCCUCAUGUUACCAAGAAUAUUGCUUUUAAUUACAUUCUCGCUGACCAUGAAGAACAAGAGGUUAUAGUAUUCAACCGGUGCAUGCUACCAGCUUACUAUGGACUCCUACGUCUCUGUUGCCAACAGUCUCGAACUUUUACUCGACAACUUGCAAAUCAUCAAAACAUUCAAUGGGCUUUUAAAAAUAUUACUCCUUACACAACUCAGUAUAGUGCUGCUAUUAGUGAACUCUUUAAGUUGAUGAAGUUAUUUGUUACAAAGCACAGUGAUGCUACAGAGACAGAAAUACGGGAAAUUCAUAAUUUUAAAAGAACUACCAUUAGAUUAUAUCUUGGAGUUUUGGAUGCUCGAGCUUGUUGGUCAACUCUUAUAAAUGUUUUAAGGAUAUUAGUUGAAACCACGGAAGACAGGAUUUUUGUUAUUUAUAACAAUGGCCUACCUUUACUUUUUCAAGCUUUCUACACCCUGCACAUGAUGUAUCAUGAAGCUACAGCCUGUCAUGUGACUUCUGACAUGGUGGACUUACUGGCCAUUGUUCAAGAUCUCCUGAAAACAGCUCGUGCUAAUAGGGAUACUAUAGAGUUACAUAAUUGGCUAGCUUCUUGGAAAGAUCAGCCAGACAUAAUGCGCAAAUUAUUAACUUUGCUCAACUCUUUCACGCCACCAGAACUGCGCCAGAUCUGCAUAGAAAUCUUACGUGAGGUGGUUUUACUCUAUCCAACUGAAAGUUUGACUACGUUAGUGCCACUUCUUGCAAGUUGCCAUGCUACAUUUCAAGAAAACAAUUCUGCUGGUAGCACAGGACCUUUCUUUCCUAGAAGAGGACAAAAAUUACUACCAACCAAAACUAGUGUCCGACCUCCGAGGCCUGUGGUGCAAAUGUUUCUGCAUGCCAAUCAACUAGAAUGUGCUAAAAACGUUGAUGAAGACUAUGAUCGUCAGUUGUUAGAAUUUUAUUUACCGUAUCACCAGUUUGUUGAUAUGCUUUGUAGAGUGGCCAUAUCCAAUGAAUUUAUAACUAUUGACCUUGUAAGCUUAAGUGCAAUGCUUGCUAUUGAAGGUGCUCCACUGCAUUUACCUAUUUUUCCUAAACUAUGGCUUGAUAUUAUUCAUACUGAAAUGGGUAAAGAAUUCAUUCAAUUGUUGUGCAAUAGCAGUUAUUUUAUUGAUUACUUAGAAUCAGUUCUAUUAGAUGAACGGUUGUGUCUAAAUCAGUCAUCAAUAUUUCAAGUAUUUUCUGUUUUGUUACCUAAGGUUUCUGAACAAGUUAUUAAUGACCAAAUGCUUUCCCUUGUUUCAUCUCUUAUGACGUCUUUUGUGAAAUCAUUUGAAGAAACAGAAUUGACAAAGCAGGCUUACAAAUUAAAUGGAGACUUGAGAGCUUUGUGUCUUAUCUUCUCUGUGGAGCCACCCAAUGAAGUUCCUACCGAAUUCAUAAAAAUCAUGAAUCGCUUAAUUGAAAUCUGUGAUCAAUUCAUCAAAUGUGAAGAUUGUGAUAACAAUGAAUUAAAUGUUGUAGAUAAUGAAAAAAUUCAAGACAAUAAAGAGGAAGAAGCAACAACAUCAGCAGAUGACCAGCGUGCAAUAAAACGUCAGAAACUAAAUUCUCCCGGAAGUUCGCCUAAAAACGAGGACAACAGCGAGCAGUGGGCUGAAUUGCUCUUGAAAUCGGCCUCUAAGCUCGUCUCUAUCCUCCAAGGUGAUGACAGCUGAGAUAUGUGCGACGUUAGGAACAUGAACACUUUCAAUUUGAGGCUGAAAACAUGUCUUGUAUCUGUGAUCUCAAGCUAUUGCCAUUCUGAACACCCCUUAUCCCCCCCCCCCAAAAAAAANUAUAUCAAACACAUUGGGUACUAGCUUGACAUUCUGUCCUAAAUAGUGAAAUGUAAUAAUAAAUAAAGACUCUUUAUGGGAUUUGAGUCCUAUGCCAAAGAACAUUGAAACAUUGCCAGUAAUUACGUGACACUCGAGCUAUUGGAUUGUAAAUUCGUUAUUUUAAACUGGCCAAUGAGAGGGAAAUGUUUUUAUUGCGUCUUGGUGAUUUGUAUAAAAUAAAAAAGAGACUACUACUUCUAAUGGAGAUUAUAAAAAAACACUUUCAUUUUCAAUGUUGAAUGUAAGAAUAUAUAUUUGUUAUUUGUGCAUUUUUUUUUUUUAGGGAAUUGUUCUAAUUUAAAAAUUUAUAUUAAUUCUGUCUCUCUUUCAAACACAUAUUUUGGAAAAUUAUUUCAUUGCAUAUUGUUUUUAGGUUUAUUUUGAGACGAAUAAACAUGCUGUUUGUUGAAA